CAUGAGAAGCCCAUCCCCAGGCCCAAAACGGCCCACAUACUCCGUCUCCAUAUAAUACAAGCCUAAACAGACAACUAGUUUCAGAGUACUCACACCAGUGUUCGAAGAAGAGACAACAGUAUCGGAACUUGGAAGUGAGUUUUUUAAGAGCACUGAUGAACCGGGGGCAAGUACGUCAUUAUCGUCAACAAGUAGUGUAUGAGAGUUCUGAAGACGAUGAGUAUGAGACAGAUCCUGUAUCCGGCGCGAAGCGUCAGCGGGUCGGUUACUUGUUCAAAACCGCGCCGCGCCUGGUACUCUCCCAAUUCUUGACGGAAGAUGAUCAGCAUAAGCUAGACAGAUGCACAUCCGCCGCCGAGUGCAGCGGGCUGAGAGGGCUGCCAGUUUGGUAUCUAAACAUCAAUAUAUGAUGCAGAUUGUGGGUGAAGUGUCUGGGCAGGCAAGUUCCUUCGUGAAGGAACGUUCACGCAACAAGAAGUUGUUGAAGUGUAAGAAGAAGGUAGAAACGGAGCUAAAGAAGGUGAAGGAGGAAAACGCUAAAAUGUUAGCUGCUGAGCGGCUGCGGCUGGAGGAUCAGGUUGCUGAGGCUGUGAACAAUUUUAAGAGGGUGCAGCACAAACUGGAGUAUCAGCAGGGAUUGUUAGAGUCUGUGCAUAAUCUCGCAGAGAGGCUGAGGGGAGCAAGGGGUAUGUAUAUGAAACAGCUGGAGGAUGUCCAUGUGCUACACGAAAGUCUAGCGGGAAAGGUGACUGAAGCCCUAGCUGACCAGAGCCUGGAUGAAAGGAAUGUGGCAAUACUAGAAGAUGAAGUAUCUGAGCCUAAUGGGAGGCUUCCGACGAUCUCUUCUCCCGCAGAUGUGAUUGCAGAAUUUAAAAAUAGCGCUGAGAUGGACUCCCUCAUAGCGGCAGGUGUUGAAAGAUUCAAGGCGGGUGACGAAUAUGAGAGGCUGGUGGCUACUGCUUGUGGGGCAGCAAUCGAGGCAUUUAAAGGUAGUGUAGUCUAUCAGGAGGAAUGGAAACGUGCUGUUGAUGAUGGUAUUGCAGAUUUUAAAAUGAGUGUUGAGUACACGGAUGAAAUCGAGAAAGCUUCCGCCGCUGCUGUAGCUGCAUUUCGCAAAAGCCGUGAUUUUCGACAAGCUAUUGGCAUUGAAUCCGGUAAGAUGUCAAGACGGGUCGUGGAAUGUUGCCGAGAGUUUUUUAGGGACAAUCCGCAGAGGCCAAGCGAAGAAUUUGGCAGUUACUUUGUUGCAUUCGUCCGCCAGCGGAGGAGCGGUACUGGUAGUGGCUCCUCUGCUAAAACCAUCCUGCCAUCGGCUUAGGUGGUGGCACAGUAGUAAUGCAGUAACUUCAAUUUCUGAAGCUUUGUGAUGGGCCACAUAUUUUGUUCUUAUGUAGCGAAUUCUCUGUAAUCCUCUUGUUUGUCCAUUUAUGUCGCGAGAUAUCGCUGAACUUUGUCGUUUAUUAUUGCAGUAUGUCAGAUUUGUAUUAAAUUUUCUAAUCCAUGUUAAGACAACCAGGUUUGUAUUGUUAGUUUGUUACUAUGGUUAUGUAUCUGAAGCCAGCUAUAUCAUAUUGUCUUGAUGCCUACGUGUAGAUGUCCUUGUGUCUGAAUAUGUUUCAUACGUAGGUGACUUAUUAUUUGUGCAUUUGUUACUGUCGCGUGUUUGAGAGAUAUCUGUUUUGUUUGUUUAUAAGUUGUAAUGUACCCAGGGGUGGAUUCCCGCGGGACUCCGCAUAGGAUAAUGGUCAUGCGAUUGCAAAAGGUUCCUUGUGGUGCACAUGAGGUGGCUUUAUCUGCAAUAGAUUCUACAGAAGCCUGGUUAGUCUCUCAUUAUAGUUUAUGUAGAGUUCUUGCAUUAUUUGUCGAGCUAUGUCUCUUGCUACUGCGGGGUAUAAGACAGCUACAGUAUUCUUUUAAAGAAUGCAUUUGUGUUAUUGUGUAUAUUUCAUGCACCAAUGUCUUAUUUUUAUCCGGCACCGAGUGGGCCCAUCUUAUAUUAUUAUAUUAUAUGCAUGUCUGCACAUUUUUAAUAUUCUUCAUGGCCAUGCCAUUCAAAUAUUGUAAUGCCUCUGUAACAAACAUUUGUUUGGAUUUUUCCUGACAGGUUUGAGUACAUAUCACAGGUUACUAACAGGUCGUGGUGCUUCCUGUGUAUGAUGAAUGUAGCAUCAGUGGAAUCUAGACAUGGCGAUCCCACAAUUUCCAAACUCUUCGGUAAGACCAUAGGCUUAGCUGGUACACUCACAUAUGAGGUUUGUUUCUCUGUUCAUGAAGGCAUAAAAUGUUUUUAUGUCAGAAUCACUUGGUUAUUACACUUUACUUUUUUUAACAUGUGCCAUAACAAAGUCCUGAAUUCAAACUCCGUCACGGAUAUAUAGUAUCUUUUUCAGCACCUCCUCACCAUGGGGGCGUAUCUGUUUACAUUCCUAAAUUCAUGCUUUACUCCUAAAAUCCUAUAAUUAAUUGUAGUUUAAAUAGAAUUGCUUGUGGUAGCAAGAAUUGUGGAUAAAGAUUUUAAUCAUGCUAAUAUAUUAAAUAUAUAAAUAUAAAUGCAGAGGUGUCGUUUGAGCUUAGAAUUAGUAUCAAAGACAUAGUGUCUCAGUGCUUUUUUCCUCUUGAUAGAAACUUUGGGCCUGAACUUGAUUAGAUAUUAUGGCAUACCAGCAUCAUGAUCACCAUUUCGAGACACAACAUUUCUUAAAAAUUGUCGGUGGACUUGCUUGGAGACAACUGCGGUACUUGCUUGGAGACAAUAGAUGUACUGCGCAAAUAACAUGAGCAAUUGGGAGAGAUUGUCGAAGCUCUUAUCAUCAACGUUGAAAAUACAUGAUAAAUGAUAGUAUGGAUUAGAUUUGACUCAGGCUUCAGCACAAGCUCACCUAGCAGAUUCAGCAUAGCGAAAAUUGCAGCCGGCUGUCAUCGCAACAUUGUUGACGCAUCUUGUGCAAUCACCUGACAAAUGCCAUCAACAAUGAAAGCCAACUCUCAAGAUUUCUGUUCUUCAUGGUGAUGUCAAGUGGAUCAUGUAUUAUUACAGAGAUUUAAGUGAAUCCGAAUUAAUUUUACUUCAUGCUUUCUCUCAAGUCCUAAUGCCUGAUGGCAGGAAAGAAAAAUUCACAAGGAUGCAGUAAGUUUAAAGAAACAUUCACAAGGAAACUCUCAACCAUUGUUUGUUGUAGCUUCAUAUCCCAAUACACAAAACAAAAUAUCUUGAAUUAUCUCAACCACAACUAAAAUUUAAUUUAAUUAAUAACUAAAAUUUGUGCCAAAUAUUUUUUUAUAUCAUUUUAUUUCAUAAUAUACGUUUCAAAAAAUUGUCCUAUGUUCACACUUUGUAUAUUUAAUUCCUAUUAAAAUGGCAAGUGAAGUUGGAUCAAAAGAAACAGAGACAUGACCAGCCAGUCCCCAGGCCCAAAACGGCCCACUUACUCUGUGUCCAUAUAAUACAAGCCUACACAGACAACUUGUAAUCACCAGUCGUCGGGGAAGAGAACUGUAUCGGUGCUUGGAAGUGAGGGCAGUAAACUGCGGCUGUAAUUGGGAAUUUUCCUAAUCAUGUGUCUCAGAGUGUUUAAUUGGUAAAGCAGCAACUACCCUGUACUGUUUGGCACUAAGCAAGUGAAACGGUCAAGUCACAUCUCAAGAAGGAAAUGUCACACAUAUAAUUACUGAAGCAGCUGAGACAUCCAAGGUGAAUUGAAGAGAGAAUGAUGAUAACCUAGUACUAUACUACCAUAGGUGGGAAAUGCAAAUCUUUGAAGAGAUUGAUUGGAAAUACAGCUGUCUGUGUGGUCUCAUCAUUCCUUUACUAACGAAAAAAGGUAAGCUUUUAAUUACAUUGUUAAAGUUGAAUUUAUUAAGGGUAUCAGAAAUGAAAAGAUAAAGGAACAUUAACUUAAAGCAAAAGAGAGAAAGUGUUUCAUCCACUGAUUGCGGGUAGAAAAUUUAGCAGGUGCCCUAUUUUCUUAGAUGAUUUUCUUUUGAAUUUGUGAAACUGUUAAUAAAAGAUGUGCUACCAUGCAUACUGUAUUGUUCUUUCCAGUAUUCAGUAAUGAUCAAUUUGACGUUACAAGCCUGCAGGAGUAUGGGGAUGCACAAGCUUGUUAAAGGAAACUUACUAUCUAACAGUUUGCCCAUAUGUGCUGGAAUGAUCUAAACUGUAUCAAGAUAUCAAUGAAUAGGUAUUCUGAUUUUAAGAUUUUGACUGAAUACAGAUUUACACACACACGUCUGGCACACACACAUGCCAAAAGAUUAGAAAACUAUUAUGAUAAAAAAAUAAUAAUUAACCGGCAAUCUGGCAUGCCUAGAAGAUACAAGCGCACACAGACACACAUAAAGAUAGAAAAUUCAGUUGUAAAUCUUACAGAGACACAUAAAAAUAGGAAAUUUAGUUAAGAAAUACUUUUUCAUUUUUAUGAUCUCAGAAAAAAGUAGCAAGUGGACAUAUCAUCAUUAUAUUGUUAAUAUUCAUUCAUCUAAUGAUAUCAUUGACGUUACAGUAAUAUUUUGGUUUCGACUGCAAGUUUUGAGGUAAUUUAGAUAACAGAUGGUAGUGAUCAAUUUUCUAUCUAAUCUUUUGACUCAAGUAUCAUUUCUUCUUCUUGCUGAAAGUUAAGUGUUUAACUCAUGAUUGUUUUAUUUUGCCUGGCACUGGAAAUUUGUGGAUACUGGAAGUUGGCGAUGAAGGCAAGGAGCAACAGACUAAUGGCAAUGUGAAUCCCUAAUGAUGACGGGACACAAGAUCACAUUUAUAUUGUAGGUACUAUUUUCUGGAUCUGUUGUCUAUGUGUAUUAAUGAAGUUUAUAAUGGUUUACCGGAAAGAAGAUGAAUACUUUAGUUUUCCACAUGCACUUGAUUUUGAGUUGGAGUUGAGAUUGAAGUAUGUCGUAAACCUAUAGGGUAUUAUUGGCCGAUCAAUCAUUUUACAUAAA